CAUCGCCUUCCCUCUUCCGGUCAUCCUACUCACAGCAUCCCGCUCCCGCUCCCGUGUUGAACGUCUGCAUCAUGUCCACCGAAUCCCUAAUCCGCGUCACCGUCCUGGUAAACCGCAAGCCUGGCACCACCGAAGAAGAAUUCAGCAAAUACUGGGCCUACAAACACGGCCCACUAGCCACGGACUGGCUCAAGCGCAACGGUAUCAUAAAAUACGUCCAAGACUUUGAGGCUGCUUUUUUAGAUCCGUAUUAUCAGGAGGUUAUUCAGCCGGAUGAGAAGGAGCUGAUUGAUAUGGAGAGCAUUGCGGUGACGAUUGGGGUCGAGUAUGUUGUUAUUGAGGAGGGGGAGAUUGUGGAGAGGCACGCUAGGAACACAAUGAACUCCAUCGACAUUCCGCUCAAGGACAAGAUCAUCCUCAUCACGGGUGGUGCAUCCGGCAUCGGCCUCUGCCUGACCAAACAAUCCCACGCUGCCGGCGCCCGCGUCCUAGUCGCUGACCUCCGUACUACGCCUGAGUUCGACAGCUUCGCAGCCGGCAAAUCCAACAUCCUCUACGUGCAAUCCGACGUGUCGCACUGGCCGGACUUCCUUAAGCUGUUCGAUGCCUGCGAAAAGAAAUGGAACGACGUGCCUGAUGCGUACGGCAUCUGCGCGGGGCUUUUCGAGCCUUCUUUCUCCAACUUCUGGGACGAUCCGGAGGAAGAGAAGGGGUACAAGCAGGUUGAUGUUAAUGUGAGCCAUCCGAUUAAGCUGACGCGGUUGGCGAUUAAGAAGAGUCUGGGGAGGGGGAAGAGGGCGAGUCACGCCAUCGUCGGCUUCGUCAAGUCCAUGAAAGACAGCGAGCCCCUUACGGGCGUCAAAAUAACCACCAUCUGCCCCGGCCUCGUCAACACGCCCCUCGUCACUUUGGACAAGAGGGAGCAGUAUUCGUUCCACGAGAACAAGGCCCUUACGCCGCACUCUGUCGCUAAGAACAUGCUGGAGCUGAUCCAGAAGAAAGAGUAUGGAUGCGGCACGGUGCUGGAGCUGAGCAAGGCGGGCACGAGGGUGGUGCCGGAGUGGAAUAUUUCGCCGCCGUCGGCGGAGGGGACGGGGCAGAAUGAGGUGGAGCUGGCGGCGGGAUUGGAGGCGCUGCUAGCGCCAAUUCAGGCGACAUUGGCGAGGGAGAAGGCUGCGAAGUUGUGA